CUCCGAGUACUACAACCGUUUUGGCUUCUCCAGUAACACAAACCGAGUCGAACAAAGGUCACGAGGAUGAACGGGACAUGAGUUCUAGUACUAGACCAGCUUCGAACUUCGUUGUAGGGAACUCCUGCAUUUACAACAGUGCAGACUUCAUUGUUGGAGGAGGACCACCUGUUGCCGGGAACACACUCGACAGAAGUAGGAUGACAAAAUGUAGUAAAGUUUCGCUAUUUUCGUCCACAACUUUCAACAUAGAGCAGUCCUCACCUAUCUAUCACAGCGAUCAUCUUGCCGAAGCCGAACAAGGAGAACUAGAAGACUCCGCUGCAAGACCGGAAGAAGGAGGAGGCGGUCGAGAGUCUCAUUUUUCUCAAGGACAGGCAGCUGCCUCUCAGACCGACACCACGGCCAGGCUCGUCAGAGAAGCUCUAGCCUCUAAAAGGCAGGAGGUCGAAAAUUCGAAUGAAGAGGACUUUGUUGAAGUCACUGAAGAGACUAGUCCAGGAAGUUGC